AGCGACGUCUUCUUGACUCGACGCGGGUGAUAUUGCGAAAUAAUCUAGUGUUUCUGUGUUCAUUUAUGCGGUUUGUGUUAUUAUUUGUGCUUAAUGGUGUAUUUGUGGUGAAAAACGUGAAAGGACUUUAGGGUAACAAUGUCUAGCAGUUGACAUGUUUAUCUGUGCCGUCCGUGUGUGAAGAUUUUCCCUUCGCGUGAGGAGGGACUUCGCGGUAGUGUGCGUGAUUUCGGUGUGUGUGUGUGCAGCGGCAGUGGAGUUGCAAGGAUCCAAUGAUGGAUUUCAUUUUCAUGGAUGUAUAGGAUGUGAACUUCAUCAUCGGGCCGUCAAUGACGACAAAAAUUAUCUGACCCCAUCGGAAAAUGCGGUCACAGGCAUCAAAAACUUUGAAGAAGGGGGUUGUGAGCAAAACAGCUUUCAAGGCACGAUCCAAUACUAAACAAGUCAAGAAAAAACUCGUGAUACCCAAAAAGGGAAAAAAUUUGGCGAAUAAAACCAUUUCGAGAAACGCUAAAAAGACAUUACAAGAUGCUAUCCACCAGAAAGAUGAGGAUGAAUCUUCUAAUUCAGAUAAAAGUGAUAGCUCUGAUUCAGCAAAAGCGGGAACAUCAAAAGCUACUUCAUCGCGUAGUGAUUCGCCCACUAAAAAGACAAAAAAGGAUUCCAAGGAUAAAAAGGAGUCGCCAAAAGGGACAGCUACUAUAAAGAAAAUUUUGGCAAAAAAAUGUCCUAAAAAAUCCAAAUCCCCACCAAAAUCAAAAUUGAUAACGACAACACAGGGGGAUGACAAUGAUAAUAUUAAGUACAAAAUUAAUUCUACUUUACCCAAAAAGCUAACAUCGAAAGUUGCUAAAGCAAAAGUGCUUUUAAAGAAAUCUAGUGGAAUACAAAAAAAGAAAACUCCACCUGCAACUAAACUCGAAAGUUCAGAUAAGGAUGAUAAAAAGCACGAAAUGAUAUCUCAAGAAACUAAAAGUAAGGAAUAUGGGGAAAACAGUCAGGAGAUUAUUUCCGAUUCUAAAAAUGAGGUUGAUAACCCCUACGAUGAAAAACCUGAGGAUAAAGAAUGUUUCAAUAAUAGUGGCUUAGCGAGUACUUUUCCGAAACCCUCUGCGUUGAAUUCGACUGAAACAUCACCUAAAAUUGAAGUCGAAAGGCCCCCUAAAUUUUUCACUUCCAGUCGACCGCCACGAACGGUUGAUAUUGAUGUCAAAUGCUUUAAAAACUCUAAAGGCAGCCUUAGCGUUUCUGAAAGAUUUUUGUCAAUGAAGUGCGAAACAAAGACAGACGAUAACACUAAGGAAAAGAGCGUCUUAAAUACUUUGGUGACGCCAGGUCCCGAAAUUGAUGUCUAUACAUUUACCGAAAAAGUUGAUUCCCCGAAAAGUAUAUUGUCAGGCUUCCGAAGUCCUGUAAAUAAGAACGUAGGUCGAGUUCGUCCGAUUGCUAGAGUAAAAGGAACUAUUAUUGAUAAAAAAGAAUUAGAGAAAAAGAAGUACUCGCCCCAUCGCCCUAUCGAAGAAGUUGUCAAACAGUUGAAGGCCAAGAAAGGUACUGAAGAGCUAAAUUCUGUUCAAAUUGAUGCAACCUCAAGCUUAACUGUAUCUACAGUUGAUAGUAUAGACAAAGAAAUAGAGGAAAAACCAAUAGUCAGUAAGUCUUACAAAAUGGUGGCACGUAAAUCCAGUAUCACAGGAAAACCAUUCAGUCCAAUUAAAUUUCUUGAUCAGGAGCCUGUAACUAAUAAGAGUGACAAAGAAAAAGCUCCUAAAACAUCCCCACCAACUAAGAAAACAACUUCUAAAGUGAAAAAGUCAAAUAAGAAAAGUAGCCUAUCAGAUGAAGAUAUAGAUACAUCUAAAUUUGCUCUUAACACAAAAUCAUUCCAUUAUACAUCAUCGGAUGAAAGUCACAGCGAAUCAAACGAUGAUCAUGACUCAAAAGACUCCUCUGGUUCGGAUUCACCUAAAAGCAAGAAAACUAAAGCUAAGAAAUAUAAACGCAUCACUGACGGGGCUAAGAAAAAUACUUCCAAGGAAUUAAAAGAACUUUCGAAAGAUUCUCUCAUUGAUCUAAAAGAUGACUCCAUUUUACAUGGAGGCGAAAAACCAAGUAAAAGGAGACUAAAACUAUUAUCUAUGUGGUCGGGGCCUAAAAAGCACAGAAUGGCUUCACUUAACGCCAUUGCUAAAGUACACUGUCUCUACGAAAAUGAAAGCAGAACACAUAUGGAGUUAGGUCUUAUGAAAACAAUUGACAGGCCUGUGCUACCUAGUACAUCUAAAGCCACAACAAGCAAAAAGAAAGAAACGAAACCAAAAGAGAUGAAUCAGGGAGAGACCACAUCUGAAUCUGAUUACGACAGUAAGAAAGACAAUAAAAAGGAAGAUAGUUCAGAGAGCUCCGAUGAUAAUCCACCAGUCCAACGAUCUUUACGGGGAGUGCCUGGAAUAAGAAGCGCUGGAAAAUAUUGGGAUCCCAAAUCGUCAACCUCUUCAAGCGAAGACAGUGAAUUGGAAUCUAAAAAGAAAACUGUCAAUGUUGACAAGAAGAAAUCCACUCCUAAAGCUUCACCAAGCAAAUCUGAUACAGAUAAACCUCCGGCCAAAAUGAAGAAAACUGCUGGAGUGCCUGUAAAAAAGAAACGAAACCGAAACGAAGUCGUGAUGGAUCUAAAAGAUAUGGUUGUACAAAAAAGAAUGGCGAGUCUAAAUGCAACCGCUAUACUGGCAGCCAGUUACGAAAAACGAUCACCUAAAUCUAGCAAGGACGACACAACGUCGGAUUCUUGUAGCGAUGAGUCUUUUUCUCAGAAGCCAAAAAACGGGGUAAGUUCCGGCGUUAAGCCGGAAGCAAAAAACGAAGAAACUAAAAAGGAAAAAGAUGAUAUAACAACAAAGGAUAGGAAGCAAAAGGUCGAAGUGAUUGUGAACCAAGAUACUGACGUCACAAUCACCGGAGUUUAUUCGACACACCAUCACGAAGGCUUCUGUACCGUUUCUGGGAUGCAAUAUCGUAUAUCCUCAACCAGUCACACCCAGACAACGGCAACUGCAAAUUGCGACAAGGAGGGCUGUUCCCGUGAAGAUGGGUCCCGCUACACGCCCCUCUCAGCCCUGUCGUCCAUGCAGCCUCCGGCCGAGCACGUCCACACUCAUCCGCAUCCAGUGACGGAGCUUGGAGGGCUGGCGCGCCGAGCUGCGGGUUGCAGCGCGUUCUCCGCGCCCUCGCCGGCUGCUCAUCACGAACCAGGAUAUUACCAGCCGGCCGGACCGCUGAUCAAGGAAGCUGCUGGCGACACAGAGCGCGCGCUCGCGCGGUACCACCCCCCGCCGCAUUACCACGCCCCGCACCCACCGGUACUCCAACAGUAUGGACCUUACUACCCAUCUGCUGACCUCUGCUAUCAGUACUAUAGGCCGCCGGGGCGCUACCAUCUGCCGCCACCGCAGCCCGACGCAUCGAUGGUGGGAGUCGCCGGCGAUUCGUAUCCUCCGCCACAAUACUACGGCCAGCCGCCGUGCUAUCAGCACUCACCACAGAGGAUACCAUAUGUCGAAUACCGCGGAUGCCCGUGCCCAAUCAACGCGUGUCCAAAAAACGUCCUUAUUGGGCCCGCUACUGGUAAAGCCCCAACCGGUGGCGGCCCGGCAGACGUCCCACCUGCCCUCGCGCCGCCCGGGGGCGCCUUCCGAGCGAAGGUGCGGGCGUGCGCGCUGGACGCCGUGUCUGACACCCACGGCAGCGGAAAGGAUCCGCCGUUAGAACCGGAGCCGCCGGCAGCAGCGGACGCUCCGCACCCGUGUCCCGUACCGGCCAUGGGCGGCGCCUCGCCCAAGCGGGAGUUUGACGUGCGCGACGCGCUGCGUCUCCCGCGGGAGCUGCCCGGCCCCGAGCCCGGCCCGCCGUCCCCCGCGCGAGGCUCGGCCGGCGCGUGCGCACCGCAGCCGCCCCCGUCGGCGCCGCGACGCGCGCGGCUCGGCAAAGCCAUGGCUCGCCGCUCCCUCGCCGGCGACGACACCGGCUUACUCCUCCAACCGCCGCCCGCGUCACACAGCGACGCCGACGACGACGUGCUCGCUAUCUCCCCUCCUCUCUGUGUUCCUAUCGAUCUAUCCUCUUCCGAUGAACGAACGACGCCUCUAGUCGAUGUUAAGAAGGAAAACGAGGGCCCGACUUAUUCCCCGCCGCGUAAGGCGGAGGGGCUCGCCCUCCGAGAACACAAUAUGGCCUUGAUAGAGGCAGCCGCGGCACCCGAUGCGCCUGAGACGGUCAAGCGGAGAUACUCCAGACCGAAGCUGGAAAUUGAAAUGAAAGACGCGGAACUAGAAGAUCCUUGCCGGACAAACGGCAUUGGCGAACAUGUGAAACUCCAGAAGCGCAGAAAGGUCUCGAGUGAACAGGCCGAGGCGCGCGUCGAGACCGUCACGAGAGAGCCUAAGAGGAAGACCCAGAAGCCGAGGCGGACACCCAAAACGCCCGCGGCGGAGAGGAAAUCUCUGAAGAGGAAGUCGGAUAAGUCCGCGGAGGAACCAGAGGCAAAGAAAGCGGUCGUGGAGCACUCCGCCGUCAGCGACGACCCGCGACUUAAGAACGUGGCUGCGCUUCCAGAAGAUACCGUCGUCAUGAAACCCAAAACUAAAAGUGCCGUGCUGCUCGAUAAUUUGUUGAGGAAAAAUAGUAUUGAUAGGUUGGACGCGAAAGGAUACGGCUCCGAUAAGGAGAUCAAUCCCGCUGAACUAUUCUUUUCACCGAACGAAAAUAUCGCGCAAACAAAAAAGACAUUAAAUAUCAAUAAUAAUAUUGUGGAUACCAAUGGUACCGUCAAUGGCGUUAGGUCCACGGGAUCGCCCGUGAUAGAGAAAAAAGUAACCAAGAAAGCGUGUAAAAUAGAGAAAAUCGAUUCUAAAAUAACGCACAAUUUAAAAUCAGUAUUAAAACCCACCGAGAAACAGGAUUACGAGGAGGACGCUAAAGUGCCAACAAAGUGUGAAACCGAAAAGAAUAGUACCGUGGUCUCUGGCGAAGCAGUUCUAACAGAGGCCGGGAAGGACAAAAGUGAGGCCGUUAAAGACAAAAGUGAGUCCGUCAAGGACGAUAGUGUCAGUGUUAGUAAUAAAGUUCCCGAAGUGAAGAAAGCGGCAAAGAAGCCUGAGGCCGUUAAAGAGGAUGCUCCGAAGGAGGCCGAGAAGGAAACCGACAAGGAAGAGGCCAAGGAGGUUCCGAAGCCGGUGAAGCGGUGCAAGCUCGUCGACAAGGCUGUGGGAGAAAAGGUGAAACUGUUCGCGAAGAAGCCCGUGAUCAAGACGGACGAGGCGGCGCUGCUGGUGGAGGACGCGUGCGCGUCGCCGACGCCGAGCGCGGGGCGCGCGCGGCGGCCGCGGCGCCGCGCCGCGCCGCCGCCGCCCGAGCGGGCGCCCGAGCCGCGCGCGCCGCCGCGCUGGAGCAACGGCUGGACGUGGGACGGCGAGGAUCACAUCUCUAAAGUCUACCUCAAUAACGACAGCCGCCUGGACCGCACGGCGCGCUGCUGGUCGCGCAUGACGCACGCGAGCGGCGACCGCGUGGCGCGCGGCGACUGCGUGCUGCUCCGCGCCUCCUCCGCGCGCGCGCAGCCCUUCGUGGCGCGCGUCGCCCGCCUGUGGGAGAACCCCGACGACGGUGAAAUGAUGGUGUCUCUCGUGUGGUACUACCGGCCGGAGCACACGCACGGCGGCCGGCAGCCGGACGACGCGCUGGACGAGGUGUUCGCGUCCCGGCACCGCGACGCCAACUCCGUCGCGUGCAUCGAGGACAAGUGCUACGUGCUCACCUUCAACGAGUACUGCCGGUGAGU